UGUGUCAAAUAUUGCAAUCCGCGCAUCUCGCUUUGAGGAUCCCUGACCGUCGCAUCGCUUUGAUGCAAAUAGCUUUUUGUCUUUCUGUCUUUCUGUGCGCCGUGCGUAUUUGGUGUGGCGAUCAUACGCAGUAACGUGCGUGCCAUUGUUUGUUGAUUUGUUGCGUUUCUUUGUAGGGAACGGUUUUGUGGAGUUCUAAAUAAUGUCCUUGAGGUUUGCUGACUCAGAAGCCAAAAAACGUUAACCUUUCCAAAGUGCGUUACACAACUCAAGAAAGUACGACAUAUUGUCGCAAGUCAUAUUGUCCUGAAGAAUUACCUUGAGGAGCAGGUCAACCAACUUGGGCCAGGAGCUUUUUUGCUUCACUCUUAUACGUUGAGUAUCGUAAGAACGAAAACAAUCAGUUCAAGUGAAUGUUGAAGGAUGGCAAAAUGAAACUCUCUGUUAAACUCGGUUGAUAACCUUAGAAUUUUGUAACUCAGUUGCGGAAUAUUUUACUGUCAUUGUACACGUGCAUCAGAAUUAUGCAUGUUUGCUUUUGCCACAAAUAGCAUUUUGCCCGUCAGGCAACACCCUUUGUGUACUUAACCCACACAACACUGUAACACUAUCGGGCAAACACUGUUAUCCCCACCCGCGAGCAGUGUUACCGCGAUCAAGGCUGCGCGUUUUUAAUAGAGUGAGAGGUUUGCGGCCCUAUGUUCCGCAGACGAAACCCCAUAAGGCCCGUAAGUAAGUAAGAGAGAGGUGAACAUCAUACGAUAUCACCCCACCGCCUCUGGGACGGAUGACAAAAGCUGGUCACAAACCUGCUACAUCCAAGGAAAGUGAGCUAAUCGUCUCGUUCGUAAUAGGUUCCUAUGUCUGCAGCAGAUGUAGAAAGUGAUCGGAUGGAUACCCUGGUGGAUAGUGCUCCUGCCAGUAGCAGCAAUGGCAGCAUCCACUUCAGCUAUCAUCAUCAGCAACAAUCGUCGAAUGUGAAAAUGACACAUGUGAACGGAACCCUUGACCAGCCAUCAUACGGCCACAACAAUAAUCGGCUUGAAAAGCUGCAACCGACCAGCAACGGGGUAUUGUUGAAGCCAGCGGCUGUAACUGCUGGUUCCACCAACCUACGCGAUUCGUCACCCGUGGAUGAAGAUCGUUCUGCCCGCCAAUCACUCAUCUUGCUAUUGGCCAUUUUUCUUGCAAGCCUGUUCGCGAUGCUUUAUGUGUAUGCGAUGUUUCCGCAACUGGACGAAUCGGAGAAACAGUACAUCAAAGUACCGUUCGACAUUGAAGACGCCAAACAGCUGGGCCGAGUCUUGGACCGGUACAAGGAUCUCUACAAUCUCGAAGUCAUGUUUGGUAUCAUACUGGUGUACAUAUUCCUACAAACGUUUGCCAUUCCGGGUUCAUUGUUUUUAUCGAUACUGAGUGGAUUCCUGUACAGCUUCCCGGUCGCGCUCACGCUGGUCUGCUUCUGCUCGGCGCUUGGUGCCACCUUGUGCUAUCUUCUUUCACAACUAGUGGGAAGGCGUUUGGUAAAGUUCUACUUUCCUGAACGGGCCCGUCUAUGGGCAUCUCAAGUGGAUCGUCACCGAGACGACCUGUUAAGCUACAUGCUAUUCUUGCGCAUGACGCCAUUCCUGCCAAAUUGGUUCAUAAACCUGGUGGCUCCCGUAAUCGGCGUACCGUUAUAUCCAUUUGCACUUGGCACUUUUCUCGGCGUGGCACCACCAUCUUUCAUUGCAAUACAGGCUGGCAAAACGCUGUACAAGAUGACCAGCUCAAGCGACGCGUUUAGUUGGGGCUCGAUCGUGAUGCUGGCCUCAUUCUCUAUCGUUGCUCUCGUACCAGCCAUAUUCAAACGCUACUUUAAAACAAAGAUUGGUUAAACACCAAGAUCAACAUUAAACAUUAAGAUCAACAGAACGCUAGAUGUUGGGCAAAGGUUUUCAGUUUCUUUUUGGUUCAUGUAAUAGCUAAGAGAGUAUAAAUAGUGAACACGAUAAGCACUGUGAAUACAACGACGGUCGUUGUUAAUUUAGCCAAAGAAGACAUACGUUUAUCAUUUAGGGAGUUAAGAAGGUUAGUUUGCUAAAUGUUAUUGUUAGCUAAACAAGAAACAUCCUAUCCGGUGUAUGUGUUAAAACAACGCAAUUUGAACUAUAUGUGUUUAUGAAGUAACACAAGGCAUUGAUUGUUUUACGAUACGAAUGACACACACCAUGUAUAAAAUGAAAUAAUGAAAGACACAUCAUUUGCAUGGUAGACAGCUAAGUGUAUGCGUAUGUGUCUAAAACAAUGUAUAAACAGUAAACGUUUAUUCAACAUCGGUGAUACAACUGUAUGUGUGCAUAAUGGCAUCAACAUACUUAUCGUCAAGAUCAAAACAUCAAGAUAUUAGUGCAUAAAUCGCAGCCAGACUGCCAGAAGCGAAAACAAGUGAAGUAAACCGCAGAAUCGCGAAAUAUGAUUCAUUCCACUACAUUAUGUUGCACAAUUUUGUAGUUUCUUUUUCCUCUGUGACGUUGUCCGAAGGUGUUGUCUGAACAUUAUCUAGGUCGCCUGAUAUCUAGGAUCAAUGCACAUUAUGACAACAACAAUCUAACAUCUUUUACGCUAAAUCGAUACUAACGAAUUUGAUUUCUCUAUUUGGAUUCUCUAUACAUGGUGUAAUGCGCUGAAUAAUAUGUUAUAAGAAGCGGGUUAUGCUGAACUGAUUAAACGGGUUAUGCUAACGAUUAAUCCGUUCAAGUCACUGAUUCAAUAUUAGCAAAGUAGAGGCUAAACAUUGUUGGCGCUGUACGAAAGAAGGAAAGUGAAAGGAAAUCAGUUACUGAUGAAAAAUUAGUGAUAAAUAGUAAAAUCAACACACAAAAAUAGACAAAAUUCUUUCAAGAAAAAAAAUAAAAUAUGUGCACCGAAAAAGAUACCGAUGUUGCUACGUUCUAUUCACCCAUUUGGGGAGCAACAGAUGAUAUAAGUAUUAGACAAUUUUAGUUCAAUAUUGGUACUAAUGAAUGCUUACCAUGGAAUUGCACAUAGUGCAUGCCGGGACAAAAUACAUAGUAAAAAAUAUCCUUCCAAAUUACCGGGAAAGUGCAAGGGGAUUGAUUAAACCAACAGGAAUAGGAUUGGCGGAAAGCCUAGUAAGUUCGUGCACAACCGCAAUCAGCGGUGCAAUCCUAUUGUUCCUGUUAUAUUCCUGUAGUUUAUUUUGAUCAGUUACGAAGACGUGGAAGAAAGGGCGAUUUGACUUUAAAAAAUAGCAAAUCAUAGCUAUAUCUUAUCUUUUUGUAUGAGCACCAAAAGAAAUAUACCUUUUUGAAUACGAUUGGUUUCCACAGAAAAGCUCAUGAACCACACCCGUUUCACUACCAAACGCUAAUAGUUUGUUUCAAAUUUUCCUUUAUCGUUUAUUUUAUUCUUCGACAUAAUUUAUUACGAGUAACAUGUAACGGUUGGUCGUAGGUUUUUCCUGUAACGCAUAAAAAUUGUUCUCGGGUUGCGGUUUAUGUCACAACGAAACUGUAUUUUGGUACAUUUGGCGGAUUUCUGUUUUGCUGAAAGGGAUGUCAGAGCCAAUAACACCCUAAACAUCAAAUGCUGAAGUUUUUUCCCUGCAGUUUAAUGCAGAAAUGCUGUUUUUGUCGACAAAGAAUUCCUUAAGAUCCUACUAUGCGCAUAUUGGAGAAAUCAGUUCGGAUCAGUUCGUCAAAAAGAGCCACGUCAAUAGAAAAGACAUACACCAUAAACGUAAAGAUAGGUCUGAAUGUUUAAAGCUAUGUGCGCUUAGUAAUAUCUCGCCAUUUAGGAAUCUGAGUUAUAGACGCCUUUUUAUGUAAGCACCCCUUCAUUCGCUUAAACAGAAACCAUAGUUAAUAAAGGGAAACAAAAAACAAAACACUUGCAUAAAAUAUAUUGCACACAAAAGCAGUAAACCUACUAAAUCGUUCGUUUCGAACAACCGUCUUACUAAUCCGAGGUGAUGUUACUCAUAGACUGCGAGAUUGUUGCAUGUUUCUAUGAAUCACUUACAAAACGUUGUGAAUACUAGGAAACACCUGGAUUAUUUCUUGAUCAUGGUUUGGUUCAUGGUUUUUAGUUUCAUUCUUUUUCGUGUUAAUUCAGGCUUACCAGGCCCAAUAACUUGAAAACGCUUCAACUCAUGCAUGUUUCGGGUGUUGACGUGGUAACUUCAACCGACUGCUAUAUCGUAGUAAUCGUAUAUUAUGCUGACCGAUUGUCAAACUCGCAUUCUUUGAGUGCGUACUGUGCCAUACUGUAAUUCCACAUUUUGGUCGAUCGACACCUUGACUGUAGGAUAUGAGACGUUUAGCUCACAUGCAUCACUGAAAGCGUUGAAUUCUAUUGUAUAAAAAGGAUCAGGAUGAAGUGAGAUGGUCAUUAAGAAAGCGUCAAUUAUUGGACGUGGACUGUAGUUAAAUGAAUGACUGGUUGCUCGUACUUAU